AUGGUGAACCAAACCCCCCACAUCGUCAUCCUAUCCUACGAUGAAGAGAAGAUAAACAAAUUCGUGUCAUUUUUGAUGAGCACAUUUGAACCCCUGGAGAGCUACGAAAAGGCAGAAACGUAUAAGCUCACAUUUGACCGCAAUGAUUUCCACAGUGGCAAUGGAUCCUCUUUCGCCUUUAAAGAGGUGGCCAAGGUGGCCAUCGUGAAUAAGUACUACAGCGCGGAGGUGACUAUUUCUUCCUGCGUGGUUCAAUCUGGAGAGAAUGCCCUUCGUGUGGAGGGAAGUAUGCCAAAUGGGGGCCUGCCUGAUGAGGCAAAUCUGCCAAAUGGGGGUCUACCUGAUGAGGCAAAUACGCCAAAAAUGGACCUUCCUGAUGGGGCAAAACCAGAGUUACAGAACCAAGCGAACGAACUAGACGCCAAGGACAUCCUCUGUGAAAGCGUCAUAUUCCUCUUUAACAAUUUCACCAAAAAGGAAAAAAACAUCGUUAAUGGAAACCCAUUCAGGAGCUACGAUGAGGAGUGUGUAGAAUACAUCAAAGAUCCGGAGAGCCAGCAAAUGAUAAGAAAUACCCAUUUUGAUUUUUCAAAUUUGUAUAAAGAUGUGGGGAUUAAAAUUGCCAUUUUUCCUUCAUCUCUCGAAAAGGACAAUAAAGAUAUUGUUAACUUCUUUAGCGACUAUUUUAUUGAAUGCUUGUACAUAAAUUAUGAGUCUGCUUUUUUGGCAGAAGGUGGUGGGCAAGAUGAUGGGCAUCCCAGCUGUCCAGAGGAGGGAGACCAAAAUGUAAAGGAGGAAAAAACUCUAUUGCGAGAAUUUGAAGAACAAGAAGAUGACGAAAGGUUGGUAGAGGCGCUGCACUGCCAUAUGUGGAAGGGGCUGCAGAUUAAACGGGACCACUUGAUCAUUCAGCAUAGGGGGGACUUCCCCAUGGGCGAAGCCUUCAAGGGUGAUGAGGCCGCCCGAAAAGGGGAGAAGACCCCGCAGAAGGAUGAAGCUUCCCCAAAUGGGGAGAAAACCCCGCAGAAGGAUGAAGCUGCCCCAAAUGGGGAGAACCCCCCCCAGAGGGAUGCACCUGCCACAAGCGGAGCAGCCAAAAUUGAUCUAAGCGGAACUCUGGCGAACAGUGCCAAGACCCCCGAAGGACAGAAGGAAGAACUGUUCAUGGAAAACUUCAACAAAAUUGUGGAAAAAAUAAGAGUAGCAAAAAUGGAAAAUAAAAAUUGCAGCAACCAUGCGGCACGGAGAAAGAAAGCGGAAGAAAUUAUUUUCGAACUGCAGCAGUAUUUCUGCGACAUUGAUGGGGAGUGA